AUGUCUGCCAACGUGACAAACUCCACACUUAUAGAUCUUGCUACAGAUAAUGACACUGACUUUUCAUUUUUGAAGCUAAUAGAGUCAGUGGUCGAGGCCAUUUGGGAACAAAGUAGCCUGUCGGAACUCAAUAAUGAUGCGUGGUCAAGAUUUGGUGCGAUAAGUACUUAUUGUUGUUCUGUAUACGGCCUCGCCUGUUUGGUGAUGGCUUUGAUUUUGAAUAGGACAUUGGUCAUGGCCUCCACCAACAGUAUUCACAAUCAACAAGUGGCCAUCAACCGACAACGCCAAAUAAGUGGGAAUAGGGGAUUGAUAGAUGCCUAUAAACGAGCCACGAACUUGAAAAAGGUUAGCAUUUUGAGUUUUCGAGUGGGUAUAAUAAUGAUCCUACUAUACCAGAUUUCGAAUGUACUCACUGCAUUGAAAUUAAAUCAGUUUUUGGGGUUAACUGAAUCAUCGAGUAUAAAAUGGUUUUAUAGUCUUAUUCCAGCAAGAUUCUUCACAUAUGUACCGGAAAAGUUUGCUGAAACAAAGUAUAUGAACACACCAUCGAGGCAAGUCAUGAUUGGACCAACCAGUGACAUGUAUUGGCCAAUUUUCUUGACUUUUUGCUGUCUGGCUUUUGUUGAGACUUUUAUUGCUUGCAUUCAAGGUAGAAAACCAUUUACUGAGAGUGGAAUCACCAUUUUUGAACAUUCGUUGGCUUUUCAAGAAUUUAGUACCAAUUCUGCUUUUUUCUUUAGCAAUUCAUACAACUACAAGAGACCAACUGAGGUGUUGUUGAUUACGUCACUUUUCCUGAUUUUGAACCAUUUGAAUAUACACGUGGGAGCAAUACUCAAUGAUAAUAAGUAUAGGUUGAUUCCACUGGCCACGCUUGGAUUGGGAUAUUUGGCUUAUUUCAUCAGUAGUAUAUGGAAAAGGAAAGUUUUCCAGUUUCCAAUCAUUUUGGUCUUGACAUUCACACCACAAGUUUUGAUUCUAUUUGUCAUAUUUGUUAGUUUGACGAUAUUAAUGACGGCAGUGGCUGUCAAUGGGUUUAGAUUAGAAGGUUUAAACUAUGCAAGUUUUUUUCUGAAUCUGAAUGGAGGAGAGCAAAGCGAAGACAAUGUUGGUGAAAACGAAGUUGAUGAUGAACAAAAUAUGAAUUCGCUUGAAAAUAUUAAUAUCAAGUGGAGUGAUGAUUUUUACACUGCAUUAUUGAAUUUGGGUGUAUUGGCAAUAACUCUGGCGGGGAAAUCCAGCUACAUCAAAGAGUUGAGUCUUGUGACUUUGGAUAAUGAGACCUGGGUUGAGAGAAGUCUUUGGCAACAGGUGCAACUGGGGCAAACAUCUCAUACCAAUGAAGCUAGUUUCCUAGAGGUAAUGAAGCAGAAAAGGAGAAAGGGAUAUUCAAACUUGAUAGAUACCCCUACAUCUAAGCUCGUUACACACGGUGAGUCGAAUGCGGAAUCGAAUCACGCUUCCCGCGAAAAUCCAUAUCAGUCAAGUAGCAUAUUCAAGAGACGGUUCUUGUACUUGAGGAGGAUUGUGUUUGACUUUGCUCAACUAGUAUAUGGUGUUGUUGCGAGCUUCAUUUUACGAGGAAUCCCUGGAUUUUUUCUGCUGGUGUUCAAAAGGGGAGGAAGACUGACGAGAAAUAUGAGACGUGACGGUAUCUCAGGUAACGGAAGCCACGGCUCGGAUGUACUUUCAAGCAAGCAAAUACUUCAGCUAGACAAUUACACUGUUGAGCAAUUGGAGCAAAAUUAUGCGGCAAUUCUCGCUGGGACGGAUUUACCAAACAUUGACAACUCUGAGGAUUACGUUGGUACUCAAGAAGAGUCAGAUUACGAAUCAGAUGCAGAAGUUAUAGAUCUUACCACAGAUGUCAACAGCAGAAGUAUGAGUCGGGUCAAUGACUAUGCUAUUUCGUCGUCACCUUUGCAUGAAAUAUUUGACAGUGAAGGGCUCAAAGAGUUAUUUGAGGAGUCAAAUGAAACGUCUUUACAACUAAUCAGGGAACAUUUGAACUAUGAAGGAAGAUUGACACGGUCAAGAUACCACAAGUUGCACCAAAACACUGAUUCAAAAACAGAUUUUGAUUCCAAGGAUGAAAGUGAGAAGCUCGUGGAGUUGAUUAUUGCCAAAAGGAGUGAGAACAAGGAAGGAUUAGCCAAGGAAGGUCAAAGGUCUAUGGAAUGUGUCAUAUGUCAAACAAAUAUGAGAGAAAUUAUCACUUGGCCAUGUAAAUGUUUUGCCAUUUGUGAAUCUUGUCGAUUGAGCCUUGUGAGUAAAGGGUUUGAAGGGUGUGUGUGUUGCAGAAGGGAUGUUGAAGGCGUUUCCAAGAUAUAUCUUCCUUGA